GAGGGUUGGAGAGGUAAUGAAGCAAAUCGUUUAGACGCCACUCUUUCAAGGAGCUGUCGCAGCUUUCAUAAGAGUACAAAGUAUUACGUUAUAAACGAACUAGGGGACAUCUUUGCAUGCUCAUCUUGUAAGCAGGUGUAUAUUACAAUGGCACCUUAUACUAUUACAUACUUUCAAGUUAAAGGACGAUGCGGUGCAAUAAGAUUACUAUUGGCUGACCAGGGCCAAGAUUGGAAAGAGGAUAUUGUAGCUUUUGAUGUGUGGAUGAAAGGAGACCUCAAAGGAACCUGUACCUUUGGACAGUUGCCAAAAUUUCAAGAUGGCAACUUCACCCUUUUCCAGUCCAAUGCUAUCCUGCGUUACUUGGCACGAAAACAUGGUCUUUAUGGAAAGAAUGAUGAGGAACAUGCACUCAUUGACAUGAUGAAUGAUGCUGUUGAGGACCUUCGUCUCAAGUAUAUAAAGUUAAUUUAUCAAAAUUAUGAUGCUGGAAAAGAUCAGUACAUAACAGACCUUCCAGGUGAUCUAUGCAAAUUUGAAAACAUUCUGACCAAGAAUAAGGGAGGCUUUCUAGUGGGAGACAAGAUUUCUUUUGCAGACUACAACCUGCUGGACCUAAUGAUGAACCACCAAGUUCUCUCACCCACUUGCCUUGACAAGUUUACUCACCUGAAGAGCUACGUGGACCGUUUGUCAUCUCAUCCCAAACUUAAAGCCUACACUGAUACUGAUGAGUGGAAGAAGGUCCCAAUUAAUGGCAAUGGCAAACAGUGAAGGUUGAACUCUUAACUAGCUCUGUCUAGAAGUCACUUAACCUUUUCCUAUUUUUGUUUUUUACAGUGGUUGUAAUACUGGAAUUCACAUUUGUUACUGGAACUCAAAAUAAAUAUAACAUUAAAACAAA